AUGAUUUCUAAAAAUUAACAAACUUUCAACUAUGACACAGAUUGUAAUAACUAAUAUGGAUCUCCAUAUUUACAAUCUGAAUAAUACAAUUUAAAGUAAGUUUCAAAUUAAGUUCAUGCAGAAUUUCCAUCGAAUAAAGGACUAAAUUUUGGUUUCAUACCUAAUGCAGUAGAAAUAUUUAGCAAUCUAAGGAUCAAUGCUGCAAAAAAUAUUUAAAUCCCUCCUGCACCUUAGAAUUAUUUUGAAGGGUGUGAUGACAGUAGUGCUAGAGCUAUAAAAGAAAGUGAAUAUGAAAUUGAUUUAGUUAAAGCUUCUUUGAAGUAGAUUUAAUAAGAAUAACAUCUAAAUUUUGAUGGUUUAAUUUAUGAAUAGCAUACAAAUUUGUUGGAUUCUAAUUUUGUUUCUAAUAUGUAAGAUUAAAUUUGCAAAAAAAAUACUUAAUUCUCAAGUAGAUAGAUAGCAGCAGGAUAAGUUAUAUAGUCUGCCAAACAAUUACAAGAAAAUCUUAUAGAUAUUUAUAAAAGCAAUUUAAUUUACUUCUACUUAGAUUUGAUUCCUUUUUUUGCUUGCUUUUUGGCAGUAACAAUUAUGCUUGCAAGCGAUUCUUAGACAGCCUUUAUUCCUAUUCUUGUUAUUUUAAUUGUGAUCACUUGUAUCAAGAUUAAUAUAUUCUUAAAAUUAGUUUUUUCCCUUAAAAAAUCUAAUCCCUCUGGAUUGCCUGGUGGCUCUCAAUGCUGUGGUGUAUUUUUAUAAAUCUUAACCAUUCCUUUUAGUUUAUUAACUAUUACUCUAAUGAAUCAAAAUGUCAAUAAUAUAUUUACUUGUUUACCUUUAGCUGCAAUAGGUAGUAUUUUUAGUUUACUUAUUUCAUUAUUUCAUUUAAAUAAGAUAUUUACAAUAAAAUCAAUCAUGAAUAGAAUUGGUUGCCUAUUUUAAAAAUACCCAGAUAGCUUUAUUUAAUGA